CCUUGACUCACUACUCGACGAGUCACAUUAUUUGUUCACUGGACACGAUAAAACGCUCACCACUGUCUUGACCAUCGUCUUCCAUAGACUUGAGCUGUGCCCCGAACGAACUGAGGGAGGGCCCACUAGUUUGUGAUACCUCGUAACCCCCUGAUGGGAAACACAGUUCACCCAAUGCAUAGUUCCUUCGUGAAUGCCGACCUUGUAGAGUGUUUUCUGAGGUUUCUGCCUGACUUUCAAUGCCUUGCCUCAACAAUCUUGACCUCAAAGGCCAUCUACAACGUCUUUCAACAACAUCCUCGCUCGGUUGUUCGCUCUGUAGCUUACAACUUGGUUGGACCAGCCUUGCCACAAGCACUACGUUUCAUCCGAUGCAAGAAUGCGCAACUAUAUUACAAGCCCGUUGGUGAACUCUUGGGCGAGGACGAUAUUCAGAAAAACCCAGUGCUUUCCAGCGAGGACAUUACAAGCCUUGUGGACAUUUCCACCUCCAUUCAAGAGCUCGAAAGCCUGUUUAGUUGGAGAAUGAAAGACCGACGAUUCAAGACAAGCCAGCUCUCCUUGGCGGAGUCGACAAAAUUCCAGAAAGCCAUGUACAGAAUGUCCUUGUUCUCGGCUGUCUAUGGCCGCAAUGCUCAGGAGUCAGCUAUUGGAUCUGACUCAGAUCAAGAAGAAAUCGAUUCGGCACUCGAAGAAGCCAAGACACUACGAAAAGGCUUCUUCAGAAGUUUUUCCACUCCUGAGCUGAGGGAUAUUCAAUGGGUUGAAACGUUUUUGCGAGGAGUAAUCACUCGCGGUGAGGGUGUUUACUUUGCUACGAUGCCACCUAUAACCUACAGCCCUGAGUCAUCAUUUGUGCUAUACUGUGCUCCCCACCACGUGAUCGAUGUAUAUAAGGGGGGGACAGAACAGCCUCACCUUCCUGUUACACAAAAACAGCCUAUAAUUGACGAAAUCGUUGGAGAGCAUGAUCGGUGCUCGCAGUGUCGAUCCGAUACUAUCAAGUGUCUGGAUCUAUGGGGACCAAGUAACUGGAGCUACCUCUGGAGCACACCACCUCUCCACUCAAUCGCGCGAUUACUGAAAGGUCAUGUCGGCGCAAAUCUUGCAGAUAGAGCGCAUUUUUUGGCUCUGAUGUGCGAGACACCAGCUGAGGAGCUUGUCGGAGGGUUGUUCGACUACAAGACGCCGGCUUAUAGCACAUGGAACAAAGCAGACUGGUUAUGUCCACAAUGCUUGGAGAAUUUCAUACGUGACCAUCUCCAUAUCUGGUACUUGGGCCAGAAGGUUAAACGAGGAGACGUGAUUCCAGAUAACUGCUGGUACGGAUAUAACUGUCGUACACAAACACACAGACUAGCACAUGCGCAGAAAUUGAAUCACUGGUGUGAACCCACCAGGGGAGAUGCCCCUCCGACCAACGUCUGAGGGUUACAGAUUCUUUUAUGGACCAUGGUGUGUAUUUUUAGGCUCGGCGCUUUCUAUCCUAUAUGCGUAGGCCGCAUAUCAAAAUUUAGCCGCGAUUACCCACAUUAUCAGCCAGUAUGUCUUGUCUAGCAUAGUGGCUGGGACUAGCUUUGUUUGUAUUCAAGGUUACCACUCAGAAUGACAUGCGCUAGAGUGAUUUGACAAAAGCGUUUGGCGAGGCCCAUUACAAA